UUUGCGACUAAAUUUGAACGCACUUGCUGAAAUUCAUAAGUCUUAUAAACUUAGCUUACAUUCAAAAGAAAAACUGAAAUUUAAAACAUAUUAUUAAGUACUUGGUGAUUCUCUGGUACGAAGCAUAAUCCAAUGUUCCCUAUAAUAAGAUGAUGUAUUUGUGAACAAAAAUUUGACAAUUGAAUUAAACUGCGGUACUUAUAAAAUACAUGACUUGAUUGAUUUUUUUCAAAAAUACAUGACACCUAUACGUGUAAGUUUGAAAAUAUGGCACGCAAAUUCAUUGUUGGAGGGAACUGGAAAAUGAACUGCAUUAAGAAGGAAAUUGAUGAGAUUGUAGCUUUCCUCAAAGAUGCUCUAUUUGACCCAAAUGUUGAAAUUAUUGUUGGCGUUCCUUCAAUAAACCUGCAAUAUGUAAAAGCUAUUUUACCCAGUAAUGUUAUUAUUAGCGCUCAAAACUGCUACAAAGUUCCAAAAGGUGCUUUUACGGGUGAAAUCAGUCCUGCUAUGCUUAUUGAUCACGGAAUUCCAUGGGUCAUCCUUGGUCAUUCUGAGAGAAGAAAUGUUUUUGGAGAGUCAGAUGAAUUGGUUGCUGAAAAAGUUGCUCAUGCAGUUGAAACAGGAUUGAAAGUAAUCGCUUGUAUUGGAGAACAGUUGGAAGAACGGGAAUCCGGCAAAACGGAAGAAAUUGUUUUUAGACAGGUUAAAGCAAUUGCAGAUAAAAUCAAAUGCUGGGACAACAUUGUCAUUGCUUAUGAACCUGUCUGGGCUAUUGGUACUGGCAGGACAGCUACACCACAACAAGCUCAAGAAGUUCAUAAUAAACUUCGUCACUGGUUUCAAAAAAAUAUUAGUCCAUCUGUUGCUGAUUCUUUAAGAAUCAUGUAUGGUGGUUCAGUUACAGCUGACAAUGCAAGGGACUUAGCAAAGGAAAAAGAUAUUGAUGGUUUUCUUGUAGGUGGUGCUUCUCUCAAAAAAGAUUUUGUCAAAAUUGUUAAUGCCAAACAGUAAAGCGCGAGUUAGUGACCCAUGUGGUGAUUAUUUUAGGUGUUUGAUAAACUUUAUGUAAUCAUUGUAAUAUGACAGACAUGCAAUAAUAAUUGAACAAAUGAAAA